CCGCCGAGCGCCGUGAGCGCGGAGCCGGGCGCGGGGCAGCGCCCGCCGCCGUCCCCUGCAUGGCGGGCGGCCCGCGGCGCUGAGCGGGGCAGGCGCUGCCCGCGGCCGGCGCUGCCCGCGGCGCUCCCCCAGCAUGGCGCGGGGCGGCGGGCGGCUGCAGACCCGCGCCGCCGCCGCUGCCCCUGCCCGGGGGGACCGGGGGCCGCUCGGCCUCCUGUGCCUGGCGCUCCUGUGCGCGCUGGGCGCCGCCGAGGCGGAAUUCUCCAUCCUGGACGAGGCGCAAGUCCUGGCCAGCCAGAUGAGGAAACUCGCCACCGAGGAGCUGAGGGUCGUCACCAUGCAGAGGAUAUUCAACUCCUUCGUGUACACGGAGAAGAUCUCAAACGGAGAAAGCGAAGUUCAGCAGUUGGCAAAGAAAAUCCGUGAGAAGUUCAACCGCUACUUGGACGUUGUGAAUCGGAACAAGCAGGUGGUGGAAGCCUCCUACACUGCCCACCUCACCUCACCCCUGACUGCCAUCCAGGACUGCUGCACCAUCCCCCCGUCCAUGAUGGAAUUUGAUGGGAAUUUCAACACCAACGUUUCCAGAACCAUCAGCUGCGACCGACUCUCGACCACUGUCAACAGCAGAGCCUUCAAUCCUGGACGUGACUUAAAUUCUGUCCUUGCUGACAACCUCAAGUCCAACCCUGGGAUCAAGUGGCAGUAUUUCAGCUCGGAGGAAGGGAUUUUCACCGUGUUCCCAGCCCACAAGUUCCGCUGCAAGGGCAGCUACGAACACCGCAGCAGGCCCGUCUACGUCUCCACCGUCCGCCCUCAGUCCAAGCACAUCGUGGUCAUCGUGGACCACGGGGCCUCUGUCACAGAGACACAGCUCCAAAUUGCCAAGGACGCUGCCCAGGUGAUCCUCAGCUCCAUAGAUGAGCACGACAAGAUCUCGGUGCUGACGGUGGCGGACGCGGUGCGCACGUGCUCCCUGGACCAGUGCUACAAGACCUUCCUGUCCCCUGCCACCAGCGAGACCAAGAGGAAGAUGUCCACCUUUGUCAGCAGCAUCAAGGCGUCCGACAGCUCCACGCAGCACGCCCUGGGCUUCCAGAAGGCAUUCCAGCUCCUGCGGAACACCAACAACGGCACCCGGCUCCAAGGAAAUACUGACAUGGUCAUCAUUUAUCUCUCGGCCGGGAUCACAUCAAAAGAGUCCUCAGAAGAUGAUAAAAAAGCCACUCUGCGUGUCAUCAACGAGGAGAACAGCUUCCUCAAUAACUCAGUGAUGAUCCUCACUUAUGCCCUCAUGAAUGAGGGGGUGACAGGGCUGAAGGAGCUGGCCUUCCUGCGGGACCUGGCUGAGCAGAACUCGGCCAAGUAUGGCGUGCCCGACCGCAGCGCCCUGCCCGUCACCAAGGGCAGCAUGAUGGUCCUCAACCAGCUCAGCAACCUGGAGACCACCGUGGGCAGGUUCUACACCAACCUGCCCAACAGGAUGAUCGACGAGGCCGUGUUCAGCCUGCCCUUCUCGGAUGAGAUGGGGGACGGCCUGAUAAUGACUGUCAGCAAACCCUGCUACUUCGGGAACCUCCUGCUGGGAAUUGUUGGAGUCGAUGUCAACCUUGCCUACAUCUUGGAAGAUGUCACCUACUACCAGGACUCCUUGGGAUCCUACACCUUCCUCAUUGAUAAUAAAGGGUACACUCUGAUGCACCCCUCCCUGACCAGGCCCUACCUGCUGUCUGAGCCUCCCCUGCACACAGACAUCAUCCACUACGAGAACAUCCCCAAGUUCGAGCUGGUGCGCCAGAACAUCCUCAGCAUUCCCUUGGGCAGCCAGAUCAUCACAGUUCCUGUGAACUCCUCGCUGUCCUGGCACGUCAACAAGCUGAGGGAAAUUGGGAAAGAAGCCUACAACGUCAGCUAUGCCUGGAAAAUGGUGCAGGACACAUCCUUCAUCCUGUGUGUGGUGGUGAUCCAGCCAGAAAUUCCCGUGAAGCAGCUGAAGAACCUCAACACUGUCCCCAGCAGCAAACUGCUCUACCACAGGCUGGACCUGCUGGGCCAGCCCAACGCCUGCCUGCACUUCAAGCAGCUGGCCACCCUGGAGAGCCCCACAGUGAUGCUGUCUGCAGGCAGCUUCUCCUCCCCCUACGAGCACCUGAGCCAGCCCGAGACCAAGCGGAUGGUGGAGCACUACACGGCUUACCUGAGCGACAACACGCGGCUCAUCGCCAACCCCGGCCUCAAGUUCUCUGUCAGGAAUGAAGUAAUGGCAACCAGUCACGGCACGGAUGAAUGGAUGACCCAGAUGGAGAUCAGUGGCCUCAACAGUUACAUUGUCAGGCGUUACAUAGCAACCCCCAACGGGGUGCUGCGCAUCUACCCCGGCUCCCUCAUGGACAAAGCGUUUGAUCCCACCAGGAGACAAUGGUACCUGCACGCAGUGGCCAAUCCAGGACUGAUCACCUUUACUGGGCCCUACCUGGACGUGGGAGGGGCUGGAUAUGUGGUGACCAUCAGCCACACUGUCCAUUCCUCCAGUGCUCAGAUGUCCUCAGGACACUCCGUGGCUGUGAUGGGCAUCGACUUCACCCUCAGAUAUUUCUACAAAGUCCUCAUGGACCUGCUGCCAGUUUGUAACCAAGAUGGGGGGAACAAAAUCAGGUGCUUCAUCAUGGAGGACAGGGGGUACCUGGUGGCACAUCCAACCCUCAUCGACCCCAAGGGCCACGCGCCCGUGGAGCAGCAGCACAUCACACACAAGGAGCCUCUGGUAGCAAACGACAUCCUGAACCACCCCAACUUUGUCAAGAAGAACCUCUGCAACAGCUUCAGCGACAGGACCGUGCAGCGCUUCUACAAAUUCAACACCAGCCUGGUGGGUGACCUGACCAACCUGGUGCAUGGCAGUCACUGCUCCAAGUACAGGCUGACGAGGAUCCCGGGCACCAACGCCUUCGUGGGCAUCGUCAACGAGACGUGCGACUCGCUGGCCUUCUGUGCCUGCAGCAUGGUGGACAGGCUGUGCCUCAACUGCCACAGGAUGGAACAGAACGAGUGUGAGUGUCCCUGUGAGUGCCCACUGGAGGUGAACGAGUGCACUGGGAACCUGACCAACGCCGAGAGCAGGAAUCCGAGCUGUGAGGUGCACCAGGAGCCCAUGACUUUCACGGCCAUCGAUCCCAGCCUGCAGGAUGCACUCCCACAGUGCAUCAACACCCAGUGCAACCAGAGGACAGAGAGUGGGGAUUGCUUUGGAGUGCUGGACUGCGAGUGGUGCAUGGUGGACAGCGAUGGGAAGACCCACCUGGACAAGUCCUACUGUGCCCCUCAGAAGGAAUGCUUUGGUGGCAUCGUGGGAGCCAAGAGUCCCUAUGUGGAUGACCUGGGAGCAAUAGGAGAUGAGGUGAUCACCCUGAACAUGAUCAAGAGUGCCCCCGUGGGCCCCGUGGCUGGAGGCAUCAUGGGCUGCAUCAUGGUGCUGGUGCUGGCCGUGUACGCAUACCGGCACCAGAUCCACCGCCGCAGCCACCAGCACAUGUCCCCGCUGGCAGCACAGGAAAUGUCAGUGCGUAUGUCCAACCUGGAAAACGACAGGGACGAGAGGGAUGACGACAGCCAUGAAGACAGAGGAAUCAUCAGCAACACGCGGUUCAUCGCGGCCGUCAUCGAGCGCCACGCGCACAGCCCCGAGCGCCGCCGCCGCUACUGGGGCCGCUCCGGCACCGAGAGCGACCACGGCUACAGCACCAUGAGCCCCCAGGAGGACAGCGAGAACCCCCCCUGCAAUAACGACCCUCUCUCGGCCGGCGUGGACGUGGGCACCCACGACGAGGACCUGGAGCUGGACACGCCCCCGCAGACGGCAGCGCUGCUGAGCCACAAAUUCCACCACUACCGCCUGCACCACCCCACCCUGCACCACAGCCACCACCUGCAGGCCGCUGUCACCGUGCACACCGUGGAUGCCGAGUGCUGAGGACACCACGCCCCUGCAGGCUGUGGCACUGGGGACAACACAGCCACCACGUGGCACUGGGGACAUCACAGCCACCACCUGCAGGCUGUGGCACUGGGGACAUCACAGCUGCCACCUGCAGGCUGUGACACUGAGGACAUCACAGCCACCCCCUGCAGGCUGUGGCACUAAGGAUAUCACAGACACCACCUGCAGGCUGUGGCACUGGGGACAUCACAGCCACCCCCUGCAGGCUGUGGCACUGAGGAGACCAUAGCCACCCCCUGCAGGCUGUGACAAUAAGGACAUCACAGCCACCACCUGCAGGCUGUGACACUAAGGAUAUCACAGUAGCCACCUGCAGGCUGUGGCACUGGGGACAACACAGCUGCCACCUGCAGGCUGUGGCACUAAGGAUAUCACAGCCACCACCUGCAGGCUGUGGCACUGAGGACACCAUAGCCACCACCUGCAGGCUGUGGCACUGAGGACACCAUAGCCACCCCCUGCAGGCUGUGACACUAAGGACAUCACAACCACCACCUGCAGGCUGUGGCACUUGGGACACCAUGGCCAUGCCCUGCAGGCUGCCACAGCCACCCCCUGCAGGCUGUGGCACUGGGGACACCACAACCACCACCUGCAGGUUGCUGGCACCAUGCACUGAGGACACCACAGAUGCCACUCCAGGGCCAUGGGGACUGUGCUGCUCCUCAGGGACAACUUCACAGACUUCCCCACCAAACUGAGGCAUCAGAGCUUUGCAUUUUUACAAAUGGAAGGUUGGCUCUGGCCUGCAAACGUGCUUGAUGAAUGGACCUGCCAAAACAUGGAGCAAAAUGGAGCAGGAGGCACGUUAGACCUCCAGGAACAGGGACGGGAGUUUAUCCAGCAGCUGGAGUUUGUUGUGCUGAGCCAAGAGCAGAGAGAGAGAGCAUAAAGAGCCAGAGAUGAUUUGGUUUCCUUAACUGGAAGAGCAGGAAUCUGCAGCUGGAGAGCCCAGACGUGCCAGACAGAGCAGGAAGGCUGCUGGCUUCUCUGCAGGUGGAGAGCUCCCUGUGCCCACGCUGCUCUGCGGGACCUGGGACAAUGCAUCUCAAGAUUUUUAAGUAAAGGAUUAUUUUUCUACUAUUUAUUGAACUGGAAACUUUGGGGGGAGGGAGGGGAGAAAACCUGUUAGGGAUUCUCAAUGAGUACCACGUGCAUUCUGUGCUGGGGAAGGGGCUCUUCCCUGGGAGCUGACCUUCAGCCAGUGCCCCACUCUGCAAAGGGAAAAUGAAGAAGCCCUCUCUGCCUCGCUGUUUACAUUAGGAUUGCUUUCUUUUCCUCACUUGUUUCCUGUAAAUAUUACAGCCUGAUUUCUAGUCCAGUAUUGUCUUCCUAUCUGCAGAGGAGAAAUCCUGUACUCCGUUACUAAAAUUCAGAGAAUUCUGCCCAGAAACUUCUCCAUCUUCAUCUCUUCGCUCAUCCUUAAAGGAUUCCUGUGUGGAAGUAACAAAGAAUUUCUUUAGCAUUAGUUACCAGAUAAUCCCAAAUGGAAUCUGUGCCAUUCUUCUGUUUCCUUGGACCACAAGUAGGGAUAAACCAGUGUUUUGUAAAACUUGGGUUACUGUGGAAGAAACCUUGAAACCAUAAUGAGAAGCUGCUGCUGUUUGUCUGGAAUUUUAACCUUGCUUGGUAAUUCAAACAAAGAUUAAUCAAUGUCUACAACAAAGGGCAUAUAAUUAUCAAUAUGUUUUCAAUCACAGUGUUGUAUUUUAGAUUCACAUUUUGUGAUUACAAUGAUAUCAAGCCGUUCUUGCACUGUGCAUAUGGUAAACAUCCAUUUAUAUGUAGGUUUUUUUAAAAAAAAUCACUUGUUUUAAUUAAUAUGGUACUUAAUACUGUAUUAUGUAAAAAAUUGGUUCUUAAACAGUACAGUAAAAUAACUCUAUGUGUGAUACCAGGAUAUCCCUUUAUACUAUGUAUAAAAUUAAAAUCUCUAGUGAAAUAAACUGUAUAUAAGUAUA